AAGGAAUGAUUGUAUUUCGAUUAAAAAUUAAUAUUGACGUGACUAUAGGUUUCUAUAGGAUUUUUUUAUCAUACACUUGUUAUAACGCACUAUUUAAAGCCACUUAACCGAGCGUUUCUUCGUAUAACAAACUACCUGGUGUACGUGACUGUUGUUUAUUCUAUUGGGAGAAUAACACAACCAAGAGUUUCGAAACCCGAUUUGCAUUUAUAGACAUAAAGCCCUUGUGUUUUCUAUUUGAUAUCUGUCUUGAUUAAAAAUGGAAUGUAAAAGGUUUGAACGCCGAGCAACAGAAUGGUUGCCUGGUAUGGAAGGUAAAUAUGUUGCUCGUGGACAAUUCACUGGUGGAUGUAUCGCGGUUCUCACAAGCGGUGGAGAUGCACAGGGAAUGAAUGCAGCUGUACGAGCCGUAGUUCGUAUGGGGAUAUACUGUGGAUGCCGAGUAUUCUUCAUUAGAGAAGGAUAUCAAGGUCUUGUAGAUGGUGGCGAAAACAUUCAAGAAGCAUCUUGGGCAGAUGUUUCCGGUAUUCUCCAAUUGGGAGGUACUACGAUUGGUUCAGCUAGAUGUAUGGAUUUUCAUGAACAUAGUGGACGUUUGAAAGCUGCUGAAAAUUUAGUCAACAACCAAAUCACUAAUUUAGUGGUUAUCGGUGGUGAUGGUUCUUUAACUGGUGCUAAUCUAUUUCGAUCCGAAUGGUCAAGCCUACUGAAAGAACUUGUUACAUUAAAUAAAAUUAGUCCAGAUAAAGCUAAACAGUUUGAUCAUUUGAAUAUUGUCGGUUUAGUUGGAAGUAUUGAUAAUGAUUUUUGUGGUACAGACAUGACAAUCGGUGCAGACUCAGCAUUGCAUAGAAUAAUUGAAGCAACUGAUGCAAUCUGUACUACAGCUCAUUCACAUCAAAGAUGUUUUAUUUUAGAAGUUAUGGGUAGACAUUGUGGUUAUUUAGCACUUGUUGCAUCUAUGGCAUGUGAAGCUGAUUGGGUAUUUAUACCGGAGAUGCCACCGACUGAUGAUUGGCGUGAGAAAUUAUGUCAUAAACUUCGAAUGAAUCGUGAACACGGACAACGCGUCAAUAUAAUUAUGGUUGCUGAAGGAGCUAUCGAUAGAGGUUGUAAACCGAUCACUUGUGAAGAAGUGAAAAAUUUAAUAGUUUCAGAACUUCAACUUGAUACACGUAUAACUGUUUUGGGCCAUGUACAACGCGGUGGUUCACCAUCGGCCUUUGAUCGUGUUUUAGGUAGUCGUAUGGGAGCUGAAGCCGUUCUUGCCUUAAUGGAUGCUGAUCGUGAUCCAAAUCUACCGGCAUGUGUAAUUAGUUUGGAUGGGAAUCAAGCAGUUCGUGUGCCACUUGUGAAAUGUGUUGAACGAACACGUAAAGUUGCUGAAGCAAUGAAAGCUCGCGCUUUUGAUCAUGCCGUUGAAUUACGUGGAGCGAGUUUCAUGAACAAUUUAGCUACUUAUAUAAAACUUUCAAAAAUCGAACAACCACGUCAAAGUGUCAUGUCAUCUGAAAAUAACUUGAGAAUCGGUAUAGUGAAUGUCGGUGCUCCAGCUUGUGGUAUUAAUGCAGUGAUAAGAGGAUUUACUCGUUUGGGUAUCACCAAAGGUUAUACGAUUAUUGGAAUCCACGAAGGAUUCUGCGGUCUUUUUAAGGGUGACGUUAGUGAAAUACAUUGGGCCGAUGUACGUGGAUGGGUUGGAAUGGGUGGUUCUAUGUUAGGAACACGCAGAGAUACACCAAAUGAUUUGGGUAUCGAAAAAAUAGCAGCGCGAUUUAAAGAAUUCAAAUUGAGCGGUCUACUUAUUAUUGGUGGCUUUGAAGCUUAUGAGUGUAUGAUAGAAUUAGUUGAAGGACGUGAAAAAUAUCCCGAAUUGUGUAUACCUAUGGCUAUGGUACCAGCGACGAUUUCUAACAAUGUUCCAGGUACCGAUUUCUCAUUGGGUUGUGAUACAGCUUUAAAUGAAAUAACCUCUGUUUUAGAUAAAAUUAAACAAAGUGCAUUAGGUACAAAACGUCGGGUAUUCGUUGUUGAAACAAUGGGUGGCUACUGCGGUUAUUUAGCUACAAUGAGUGCAUUGGCUGGUGGAGCAGAUGCAGCUUACAUAUUUGAAGAACCAUUUACCAUUGAUGCUCUAUGUGAAGAUGUUGUACAUUUACGUAAGAAAAUUGAUGAUAAUGUUAAACGUGGUUUAAUACUACGAGCUGAAUACGCCAAUAAAAAUUAUACUACUGAAUUUAUCCAUCAAUUAUAUGCCCAAGAAGGUCAAGGUAUAUUUGACUGCCGUUGUAACAUAUUGGGUCAUAUGCAACAAGGUGACCGACCGAGUCCGUUUGAUAGAAGUUUAGGUAUAAAGUUUGCUUCCAAAGCAAUUGAUUGGCUAGAUGAACAAAUCAACGCUAAUAUACGUUCAGACUCUACAGUCUACACACCUGGACAUUUAUGUUGUACACUAAUUGGUAUUGUACGUCGUCAGACAACUUAUUCAAAUAUUAUGGAAUUGAGAGAACACACAGAUUUCGUACAUCGUUUACCUAAAGAAGAAUGGUGGCUUAGACUACGUCCAUUAAUGCGUAUUAUGGCCAAACAUGAUAGUCUUUACGAAUCGGAAAGUAUCAUGGCCGGAACUGACAGGAAAUAAGCAGUAUAUCCAUCCUAAUUUGAAAGGUAUAUAAGAGAAAAAAGCAGACAGAAAAUAUAAAUUACUUUCAUUUGUUUCAAUACAGUUUAUUCUGUAUUAACUUUAAUUACCUUGAUUUAAUCAGAUCUUAAUUAUUCCCAACAUUAUUAUUGAUGAUUUUGUUUCUGUUCAGUGAUUUAUUAACUUGAAAAUAACUUAACUAGCCCCUCCCCCAUGCUUGUUUGCUUUACCUGAGAUCGAUCAUGGGUAUUCACACUCGCACGUUUAGUUGCAUAAAUUAGUAUAGUAUUAAUCAUCAUCGAUACUAUUCAUUUUAAUAUUUCAAGACCACAAACUUAUUGCAAAAUGUAGCAGUUACGUUUUGUUAAACACCAGUAGAGAAUGAGAAUCAUAGUAUGUACCUUUCGCUGCUCUUUUAUAGCAUGUGUAUUCUUGUUUUAAUGCAAUAUCUGAGAACUAACGAGUUUAAUUUAGUAUUUUUCCGUUUUUGCAUAACAGAGGAAAUAAAACCCGAAACCUCGGUUUCAUUUUAAACUUUCAUGCGUUAAAUCGUCUAGCUUUUACUUUUUGAUUUGUUUGAAAUAAAAAUACUCACUUUAGAA